AUGAAGGUUCCGACCUAUGCUCGCUAUAUCAAGGACAUAAUCAACAACAAGCGACCGCUGCCAACUACUGAAGUAAUCAAGCUCACUGAGGCAUGCAGUGCAGCUAUACUUCAACAAUUGCCCGAGAAGAAGAAGGAUCCAGGAUUCCCAACUAUUAGAUGUUCGAUAGGGGCACAGAACCCCGACAUGGCCUUAUGUGAUCUAGGAGCCAGUGUUAGUGUGAUGCCGAAGGCGGUCUUUGACCAACUCAACUACACCAAAUUGACACCAACACCCAUGCAGUUGCAACUGGAUGACUCCUCAGUACGGCACCAUGAAGGAAUCACUGAGGAUGUCCCAGUGAGAAUACGGGACUGCUUUGUCCCAGUCAACUUUGUGGUACUUGACAUGGAUAAUCAGAAGGAGACUACUCUCAUUCUAGGAUGGCCAUUCCUCAAUACAGCAGAUGCACAUAUUGAUGUUGGGUCCGGAGAAAUCCGACUUCAUAUCAAAUGGUAA